AUGUCGAAAAAGGCGGAGUUGACAAGCGAAGAAGAGGCUGGAUGGUUUGUGGCACAAGACGCACAACCUUGGUGGCAAUGGAUGAUACGGAUGCUGAUCAGCUCGGGUCCAAUUCCGCGUCACGUCGCAUUUGUUAUGGAUGGAAAUCGGAGAUAUGCGAAAACAAAACACUUGGGAAACGUGAUUCGAGGACAUGAAAAGGGUUUUGUUCAACUUGCUCGAGUUCUUGAUUGGUGCAAUCGAUUUGGAAUCAAGGAAAUUACAGUGUAUGCUUUUAGCAUUGAAAAUUUUAAAAGAAGUGAGGAAGAGGUUAGUGGGCUCAUGCGAUUAGCAGAAGAGAAGUUCCAGAAGCUGCUUAAUGACAACGAGAAGCUUGAGGAGAAACGAAUUGCAUUCCGGUUUUACGGCAACCGCAAACUGUUAUCUGCUCGCUUAUGCAAACUGAUGGAUGACAUCGAGGAAGCGACAAAAGAUUAUGAUUCAGCGAGAUUAAACGUGUGUAUGCCGUACACGUCGCGCGAUGAAAUUGCACGUAGUUUUGAGACGAUUCGCCAACAAGUCAAACUGGGCAACGUCGCCAUCGAUGAUAUUGAUGAGAAAAUGAUUGAUGCGUGUUUGGAUAGCGGCACAGGAUUGCCGGUCGAUUUGUUUGUUCGCACUUCCGGCGAAUGCCGUCUUUCCGACUUCCUAAUGUGGCAAUCGGCCACUACGCACAUUUACUUUACCGAUGUCCUUUGGCCAGAAUUUGGAUAUUAUCAAUUAUGCAAAGCUAUUCUGAACUACCAGUAUUACAGAUCAACCAUUAGGAAGAUUCCUGUUGACACCGUUGAAACGGAAUGGGCUCUCGAGAAAACUAAAAGCUUCGAGUUAACCACAUGGCCUGAUAAGAUGGAUACGUCUGGAGCAAAGGAUACCUGCGUACAGGUUGCCUUGCGAAUUCGGCCGCAGGGUAAUCGAGAAAAGCUCGAAGGAAGUCGUGUUUGCACUUCGGUGCUUCCCAAUGAACCGCAGGUCAUCAUUGGAGGCGAUCGCUCGUUCACUUAUGAUUAUGUCUUUGAUCAGCCGACACCUCAACACGUCGUUUACGAAUCAUGUGUGCAGAAGUUGGUCGAUGGACUGUUCGAUGGAUUCAAUGCCACCGUGCUUGCAUAUGGACAGACGGGAUCGGGUAAAACCCACACAAUGGGAACAGCAUUCGAUACGGUUGUCACACAGCAAGAGCAAGAUCUUGGUGUAAUUCCCAGAGCAAUUCAUCAUACGUUCAGAAGAAUCGCGGAAUGCAAAGCAGAAGCACUUGAAAAAGGAAUUCUCGAACCAUCAUUUGAAGUUUCUGUACAGUUUGUGGAACUCUAUAAUGAUGAUGUGCUUGAUCUUCUCUCCGACGAUCGAAACAAUUCUUCAAAUAUUCGAAUUCAUGAGGAUAAUCGAGGCGAAAUUGUGCUUCAUGGAGUGGAACAAAGAACUGUUCAUGAUUUAGAUGGGACUAUGGAAAUUUUAAAAAAUGGUGCUCUCAAUCGUACGGUCGCAGCGACCAAUAUGAAUGAGCAAUCUUCUCGAUCGCACGCGAUUUUCACGCUUCAUGUAAAACAGCAAAGAGUUGUAGCUGCAAUGGAUGAAAGUGGAGAAUCCGUUGUGAAACCUGGUGAAACUGAAAUGGAAGUUCUCAGUGCAAAAUUUCACUUUGUUGAUUUGGCUGGUUCGGAAAGAAUGAAAAGGACUGGAGCAACUGGUGAGAGAGCAAGAGAAGGAAUUAGUAUCAACGUUGGAUUGUUGGCACUUGGAAAUGUCAUCGCUGCACUCGGUGGAGCGAAUGGAAAAGUAUCUCAUGUGCCAUACCGUGAUUCGAAAUUGACAAGACUUCUGCAGGAUUCACUAGGCGGAAACAGUCGAACGCUUAUGAUUGCUUGUUGCUCUCCGAGUGACAGUGAUUUUGUUGAAACACUGAACACCAUGAAAUAUGCCAAUCGCGCCAAGGAAAUUAAGAACAAGGUGGUUGCCAAUCAGGACAAAUCAUCGAAGAUGAUAGGAGAGCUGCGAGGCCGAAUCGCUGCUCUUGAAGCGGAAUUGCUCGAGUUUAAACAAGGUCGUCGAACCGUCGAUGUUGAAGGAAACGAGGUCGUUAAUGAUCAAUAUCACGAAAAUGUCUACCUAACGUCAGAAGUGAACCAUUUGCGAUUCCGUGUGAAAGCAUUGACAGAAACAGCUGAAAUACUAAGAACGGAAAACGUGAAAUUGAAAUCAGAAAAAGAAUUGGCUGCCCUUGGUGGAGUUUCAACGGAAGGCGGAGAAGGUGGCGACGAAAUGAUCCAAGCCACAUUCCGAAAGUAUUUGGAAGAGCUCGAACGAACUAAAUCAUUAUUGUAUGAGUCGCAGUCGACGUGCGAUCAACUGAGAAAAGAGAACAACCGAUGGAAGGCGCAGGCUGGAAAUCGAGGAGUUCAAGAUUACAACAGCACAAAAUUGAUUGAAAUGGCCAGACAAGAUAUCGAAAAUCAGCGGAAAAUGCUCGCAUCGAUGACUGUUGAAAACGGCUCAACUUCGGAUUACUCUUCAAUGUCGAUGAAUACCGGUGAUGAAGAUGGAACUAGCAAUGAUGCUGAUGAGAUUGAGGAUGAAGAGUCCGACGAUGAGAUUGAUGACGAGCUUGAGAAAAGCAAGCAAGCAUCGGAAGCUCAUCAGAUUGAUCUUCACGAGGUUAUGGUGGAACUCGAUAUUAAAGAAAAGCUUAUUGAUCAACUUGAGCGCGCUGAGCGUCAAAAUCAACAAAUUCGAGAAACUUAUGAGAAAAAGCUUCGCGAAUUGAUGAAUCGAAUCAAAGAAACUGAAUCGGAGCGUGAUCGUGUGCUCACCGAAGGCGGAAAGGCGAAAGGCGGCAAAAUGAGCGAUGAACAACUUAAAAAUAUCAAACAAGAGUAUGAACGCAAAAUCACCGAUCUACGAAAGGAGCUGAAGAAGAUUGAAGCUCUUGAUAAGGAACACAUGAAAGUGAUCGCAAAGAGCCAGCGCGAGCUUCAGGAGAAAACGAGAUUGAAGUCUGAAGUGGUGGAUUUGAAAAAAGCGAAGGUGGAGCUCAUCAAAAAGAUGAAUGAAGAUAAAAAGAAGCAGAAACAGCUCAUGCAGGCCCAAGCUCGCGCAAUGGCUACGAAGGAGAAGCAAACGAGACUUCAAGCUAACAAAAUCCGAACUCUUGAGAUGAAGGAUAAACAAAGAGAACAGUUCCUGAAAAAGACAACGUCUGAAGUGAAUCAAUUGAGAAAGGAGAAGGCUCAAGCUGCUGCGGCUGCCAGACUUGCUGCUCGUGGAAAUGCCUCAUCAAGAACACCAGUGGCUCGAACUCCGGUUGCCAGCUCGAGAGCUGCUCGAACUGCUGCCGUCAGAAAUUUGAAAGAACUGAGUUUCUCACCGAAGCAAGCAAAACUUAAAUGGAACGCCUUAGAGAGAAAAAUCGAAGAGUGCGUGAGAAAACGGCAGACUAUUCGAAUUAUGGAAGAAGAACUUGAACGAUACUUGAAGGAAAGACACAAUCUAAUGCUUGAAAUUGUUGAAAAUGAAAAAGCUUUUACCCAAAGUGAAAACGUCAUUUAUCGUGACGGACUGCUCGAAGUGAUUGACAGUGCCAAAGAGAAGCUGCAAUAUGUUCAAGAUCAAAUCACGUAUCAACAAAAACUCAUUGUCGAUGUUGAUCAGCAGGUUAAUUUUGGAUUGUAUAUUUUGUGUCGGAGGGAUAAAGCAAACUAG